GCGGCCAAAAUCUUUUGAUUUGAUGAUAAAACCAAACGGGAUUAGCUACUUAAUCUGCGCUCAUUUGGAUCCAGAUCUCUAAUCCCCUUCUUGUCUAGGGGUAUAAACUAAUCGUGGCGCGGUGUCCCCCUCUACAAUCCCGACGACAGCAAUAGGAGGCGCCACGCCACAUCCCCAUCGCGCCACCAAAAAACUUCCAUCCGUCCGUCCGUCCGUCCACCUCGCACGCGCGGCCUCGUCGGCCACCGGGCGCCAAUGCCGCCGCGCUCCCGCGCCCUCGCGCUGCUCGUGUCGCUCGCCUGCGCCGCGCUGCUGGCCGCCCCGUGCCGGUGCGUCAAUGAGCAGGGCCGGGCGCUGCUGGACUGGCGCCGGUCGCUACGGCCGGCGGGCGGCGCGCUCGACUCGUGGAGGGCGUCGGACGCGAGCCCUUGCCGGUGGUUCGGCGUGUCGUGCGACGCGCGCGGCGCCGUCGUGUCGCUGAGCGUCACCGGCGUCGACCUGCGUGGCCCGCUCCCGGCCAACCUGCUGCCGCUCGCGCCGUCGCUCACCACGCUGGUGCUCUCCGGCACGAACCUCACCGGCCCGAUCCCGCCGGAGAUCGGCGCGUACGGCGCGCUGGUCACGCUCGACCUCAGCAAGAACCAGCUCACGGGCGCGGUCCCGCCCGAGCUCUGCCGGCUCGCCAAGCUCGAGACGCUCGCGCUCAACUCCAAUUCCCUGCGCGGCGCCAUCCCCGACGACCUCGGCGACCUCGCCAGCCUCACGCACGUCACGCUCUACGACAACGAGCUCAGCGGCGCCAUCCCGGCGAGCAUCGGGAGGCUCAAGAAGCUGCAGGUGAUCCGCGCCGGCGGGAACCAGGCGCUCAAGGGCCCGCUGCCCAAGGAGAUCGGCGGCUGCGCGGACCUCACCAUGAUCGGCCUCGCCGAGACCGGCAUGUCCGGCAGCCUCCCCGAGACGAUCGGGCAGCUCAAGAAGAUCCAGACGAUUGCUAUCUACACCACAAUGCUCUCCGGCGGCAUCCCGGAGUCCAUCGGCAACUGCACCGAGCUCACCAGCCUCUACCUCUACCAGAAUUCUCUUUCUGGACCGAUACCACCGCAGCUUGGCCGGCUCCGGAAGCUGCAGUCGCUGCUGCUCUGGCAGAACCAGCUCGUAGGCGCGAUCCCGACGGAGCUCGGCCAGUGCGAGGAGCUCACCCUUAUCGACCUCUCGCUGAAUUCUCUCUCCGGCAGCAUUCCGGCCAGCUUGGGCCGGCUGCCGAACCUCCAGCAGCUGCAGCUGAGCACGAACCGGCUCACCGGCGCCAUCCCGCCGGAGCUCUCCAACUGCACCUCUCUGACGGACAUCGAGCUCGACAACAACGCGCUCUCCGGGGAGAUCCGCCUCGACUUCCCGAAGCUCGGGAACCUCACGCUGUUCUAUGCGUGGAAAAACGGCCUCACCGGCGGUGUGCCGGCGAGCCUCGCCGAGUGCGCGAGCCUCCAGUCGGUGGACCUCUCCUACAACAACCUCACUGGGCCGAUUCCGAAGGAGCUGUUCGGGCUGCAGAACUUGACGAAGCUGCUGCUGCUGAGCAACGAGCUCUCUGGCGUCGUGCCGCCGGACAUCGGCAACUGCACUAACCUCUAUCGGCUGCGGCUCAACGGUAACCGGCUGUCCGGCACGAUACCCGCCGAGAUCGGCAACCUGAAGAACCUCAAUUUCCUCGACAUGAGCGAGAACCACCUUGUCGGCCCGGUGCCGGCGGCCAUUUCCGGGUGCGGCAGCCUCGAGUUCCUUGACCUGCACUCCAAUGCUCUGUCCGGCGCAUUGCCUGCCGCGCUGCCGCACAGCCUCCAGCUCGUUGACGUAUCCGACAACCAGCUCUCCGGGCAGCUGAGGUCCAGCGUUGCCUCGAUGCCGGAGCUGACCAAGCUUUACUUGGCGAAGAAUCGGCUGACCGGCGGCAUCCCGCCGGAGCUGGGUUCUUGCGAGAAGCUUCAGCUGCUGGACCUCGGCGACAACGCGUUCUCUGGCGGCAUCCCCGCGGAGCUCGGGGCGCUCCAGUCGUUGGAGAUUUCGCUUAACCUCAGUUGCAACCGUCUGUCCGGUGAGAUACCGCCCCAGUUCGCCGGCCUUGACAAGCUCGGCAGCCUCGACCUGUCGCACAACGGGCUGUCCGGGAGCCUCGACCCGCUGGCGGCGUUGCAGAACCUCGUGACGCUCAACAUCUCGUACAACGCCUUCUCCGGCGAGCUCCCGAACACCCCCUUCUUCCAGAAGUUGCCGCUCAGCGACCUCGCCGGCAACCGCCACCUCGUCGUCGGCGAUGGUUCCGAUGAGUCCUCCGGGCGCGGCGCCCUCACGACGCUCAAGAUAGCCAUGUCCGUCCUGGCCGUUGUCAGCGCGGCGUUCCUGGUGGCCGCCACCUACAUGCUCGCCCGCGCGCGCCGUGGCGGCCGCAGCAGCGCCCCGGUUGACGGCCACGGCACGUGGGAGGUGACGCUGUACCAGAAGCUGGACAUAUCCAUGGACGACGUGCUCCGCGGGCUGACGUCCGCGAACGUGAUCGGCACCGGCAGCUCCGGCGUGGUGUACAGGGUGGACACCCCGAACGGCUACACCAUCGCGGUGAAGAAGAUGUGGUCGCCGGACGAGGCGAGCGCCGGCCUCGCCUUCCGCAGCGAGAUCGCCGCGCUGGGCUCCAUCCGCCACCGCAACAUCGUCCGGCUGCUGGGCUGGGCGGCCAACGGCGGCAGCAGCACGCGGCUGCUGUUCUACAGCUACCUGCCCAACGGCAACCUGAGCGGCCUGCUCCACGGCGGCGUGGUCGGGGGCACCAAGGGCGCGCCCACGGCCGAGUGGGGCGCGCGGUACGACGUGGCGCUCGGAGUCGCCCACGCCGUGGCAUACCUCCACCACGACUGCGUGCCGGCCAUCCUGCACGGGGACAUCAAGUCCAUGAACGUGCUGCUCGGCCCGGCCUACGAGCCGUACCUCGCCGACUUCGGCCUCGCCCGCAUCCUCUCGGCCGGGCAGGGCAAGCUCGAUGACUCCUCGUCCAAGCCGCAGCGCAUCGCCGGCUCCUACGGCUACAUGGCGCCAGAGUACGCGUCGAUGCAGCGGAUCAGCGAGAAGAGCGACGUGUACAGCUUCGGGGUGGUGCUGCUGGAGGUGCUGACGGGGCGGCACCCGCUGGACCCGACGCUGCCGGGCGGCGCGCACCUGGUGCAGUGGGUGCAGGCGAGGCGCGGGAGCGACGACGAGAUCCUGGACGCGCGCCUCAGGGAGAGCGCCGGCGAGGCGGACGCGCACGAGAUGCGGCAGGCGCUGGCCGUGGCCGCGCUCUGCGUGUCCCGCCGCGCGGACGACCGGCCCGCGAUGAAGGACGUCGUGGCGCUGCUCGAGGAGAUCCGGCGCCCCGCCGCGGCCGACGACGCCAAGCCGCCGCCGCCGGCCACCACGCUGCCCUCCGCCGCGCCCGCGCCCAUGCUGUCGCCGGCGCGCGGCGGCCCGCACUCCAGCGGCGACUCGUUCGCCGUCUCGGACUACUCCGCAUGAGACCCAUUCGACUCAAUUUUGGUGCCGAUCGAGCAGUAGAGUUCACGAACAGCAGCAGCAAGCAGAUGCUGUUAAAUUAGUUACUCAAUAAUUCGUUGAUUAGUGGAGGAUGUGUGUAGAUCAUGGCGUGGCAAGUAAUUAAUCAAUGGAUGCUGUACUUAGGUGUAAUAAUCAUCUCUGGCCAUGUACAUACCCUGCGACAUGAAUCUUGGUUGUUUGGUCGUGUGGAGCGCGGGCGGAAACAUGCCGCGGCACUGUUCCGGUGGGACUGUGGAGCGUGGGUGCGGCUGGUCCUGGCUGGGCUUCGUUUGUUUGGACUUGCUCGCUGGAACGAAAUGGA